UAACUCGUCCUAUUGUAUGAUUAGGUGCGUAUUCAUGUGAGGCUAUAAACAGCAUGGGAUCAUGUUUCGCAGGAUCUGCAGGAUGUGGACAACCGGGCCAGGAUGCUAUAGUGGUUGUGAAUGCGGGAAACUCAGUUUGUCCCUCAGGAUACUUCAAUAGCUUGGCAGUAACCAGGGAGGAUUGUUUACCUUGCUACUGCUCCGAGUUAUCUGACACAUGUUCCAGCGCAGAUCUUUAUUUUUCUAAGCUUCCUCCCCCUGCUGGGAUAUUCCAGCUGAUCAGUCGGGAUCCGGUAACCCUUUCCACGGUGCUCAUCCGGAGACUGACCCCGGAGAUAAAGUCCUUCUCGUCCCAGAGGUUUUAUUUACGGAAUAAAUCAAUGCUGGAAGAUAAGGGGAUACCAUACUUCUCCAUGCCGAACUCCCAUACUGGAAACCUACUGAAGAGCUACGGAGGAUACUUAAAGUUCUCCUUGUCCUAUGCAGGAGAAGGAAACCUUAUCAACGAACCAAUGAUCAUUAUCCAGGGUGAGAAUAACAUGUUGGUUUAUUAUCCUGAACCUGAACCUAGACCUGGAGUAGAGAAUAGGGUUGAGGUUAGAUUCUGGCCUGGAGACUGGUUUACAGAUUACAAGAACGGAAACAGAGCUUCUAGAGAGGAUAUUCUUAGGGUUCUGAGUAGCGUAAAGUAUCUGCUUCUGAAAGCCCAGCAGGUUGACUCUGGACCAAUUGAUUCAACAAUCUCAGAUAUAUCCAUGGACUCAGCAGACACAAGAGAUAGUGGAGCAGGAUCUACCGUGUAUAUUGAGCAGUGUGUUUGCCCUCCUGGAUAUACAGGACUUAGCUGUGAGAGCUGUUCUCCAGGUUAUGAGCGAAGCAGCUCCGGAACCUGUAGACGUCCCUCUGAAACCUGUCCUAUUGGAUACUAUGCAGACCCGGAUACAGGGGAGUGUAAUGUGUGUCCCUGCCCCCUCACCACUCCAUCAAACCAGUUCGGCAGAGAGUGUAGAGUAGACACUGAUAGACAGGUGACCUGUGUUUGUGCAACCGGAUAUACUGGACGAAGGUGUGGCGACUGUUCUCCGGGUUAUGUUGGAAACCCUGCUCUCCCUGGAGGAUCUUGUACUCCGGGUCCUGCCUGUAACUAUCCUGAUGGCAGUUUUGAUAGAUCACCCAACCCUACCACUGGCAGAUGCAGAUGCAAGGCUGGAUAUACAGGGGAGGACUGUAACCAGGCCGAGCUAAGUGGAUGUGGAGAUUACAAGUUCCUCUCAAGGGAGGAGAGUGUACCUGGAUGCAUCAACUGUUUCUGUAUGGGAAUACCCACCCGGAGUAAUCGAACCACUUGCCAACCCAGCCAACUCUACAGAUACAAGGAGCGAGCAGUGUUCCAGGAAGACCAUCUUGGGUUCUCUCUGACGGACAAGAACCUUGAAUACAAUAUUAACUCAUCUGACCUUAUUCUGAGUACAGAGAGACAGGAGAUAUCUUACGACAGGUUUGAUGAGGACCCGGAGACAAUUUACUACUGGAAACUUCCUCAUCAGUUUCUGGGGAAUAAGCUAACGUCCUAUGGUGGGUAUCUAGAGUUUAUCCUCAGAUACAUUCCUACUCCAGGUUCUGAACCUACUGUAGGUUCUCCGCUAAUAGAGAUACAGGGAAACGAUGUAAUCCUGAUCCAUGAUUCUGCUCCGAUCCUUGAGACAAGUUCAGGACACAAAUUCAAGGUUCGGAUACAUGAGACGGAUUGGAAAAGGUUUGAUGGAGGAGACACGAACAGGGAGCAUUUAUUGAUGGCACUUGCAAACCUGGAUCAUAUUCUUAUCCGGGCCUCACAUUCACCUGCUACUAGAGAGGGAGGGAUUGCUGAUGUAAGCCUGGAGUGUGCUGUAAACCGUACAACAGGUGGAGGUAGAGCUACAGCAGUAGAGGGUUGUAUCUGCCCCAGGGGGUACAAGGGGCUAUCCUGUGAGGAUUGUGCUCCAGGAUAUACAAGAUCAGGGUCUGGAGUGUAUCUGGGUACCUGUGAACCCUGCAACUGUAAUGGGAAGUCUAGUACCUGUGACCCGGAGAAUGGAAUUUGUCUGGCUUGUCGGGAUUUUACAGUCGGGCCCAGCUGUGAGAGCUGUAUUGAUGGAUUCUUCAAGGAUCCUCGGAGCGGAGGUUGUAUUCCGGAGUCAGGUUCGAUCUCUCCAUGUUCUUGUGACCCUCGGGGUAGCCUGGACCUUAACUGUAUCAACAACCAGUACUGCCAAUGUAAGGAAAAUGUUGAAGGAAUGAACUGUGAUAGAUGUAAGCCUGGAACCUUCAAUCUGGACUACGGAACCCCGCAGGGUUGCAGGAAAUGUUUCUGCUCCGGAGUAACGGAUGAGUGCAGUGAUGCCCGCCUGUUCUGGUCUACCCUGAGAAUGAAUGCCUACGAUAAAACCUAUCUGAUCAAAGAUGAAAGUCAACAGAUUGUUAAAGAUCGUGAGCUCAGGUUUGAUAACAGAACUAUGGAGAUAUCGUAUCAGAUAUCUCCGGAGGAGUCAGGAACGGUUUAUUACUGGGAACUCCCAAGGGAUGUGACAGGAAACCGUCUGGGGUCCUAUGGAGGAAACCUGACGAUCAUUCAGAGAUAUCUCUCCUCCGGAAGGAAUGUUCUCCGGGAUCCAGCAGUUAUUAUUGUCGGAGGAGAAGUCACCCUUUUCUACCCAGAGUCAAAACUAGAGAGAGAGGACGGGAUUGAGAAGAAAUAUAAGAUUCCUAUUCUUGAGUCGGAGUGGAUGAUUGGUAGGAGUAGAGGUAGAGAGACGCCAGCAAGUAGAGAAGAUAUGCUUUCUGCUCUUUCAGACGUUAAGGCCAUAUUAGUUCGAGCCAGUGUAGCAGAACAAACAGUGGAGACUUAUAUUCGUAAAACUAUGCUUGACAUUGCUGUUCCUCAGAUGACAGGAGGUCCCCUGGUUCAGGGAGCAGAGGAGUGUAGAUGUCCGGUUGGAUACUCCGGGUACUCCUGUGAGUCCUGUGCUCUGGGUUACUACAGGGACUGGACGGACCGGAGUAUGGGAGGACAAGGACGAUGUGUUCUUUGUCCUUGUAAUAAUAAUGAGGAUAGUUGUAGCAUGGUUUCUACCCAGGAGGUUGAGUGUAUCUGUAAAGCAGGAUAUUCAGGGCAAAUGUGCGAGUACAGGGGAAGCACUAGACCUGAUGUAUCAGGACCUGGAGAAGAAGUCCCGAUCACGAUAACCAUGACUGAACCUAAGAUCCAGAUUAUUGAGGUUGGAAAUACGGUUCGGUUUAGCUGCAACGCAAUCCCACGAUUCAGAUCUCAGGAUCCGAUGACCAUUGCCUGGGCGAAGGAGAACGGUUUGUUACCCGCUGGACGUGCCUCUGAUAACGGCCAGGGUCUCCUAGUUAUAACCUCAGUCCGGAGCGAGGAUUCAGGAACGUAUAUCUGUACUGCAACUACGGGAAGGUUUGUCAAGACGGAGACAGCUGUACUCAGUGUUGAAGGAGGAGAGGGCACCAUGGCUCCUAUUGCAAGUAUUGAUCCUCCCUACCAGCAAAUAUCAGUCGGAGACAGAUUACAGAUGGAUUGCAGAACAUCAGGGAGUCCUACUCCUACAGUAACCUGGAGUAGAGGACGAGGAGAACCAUUAAAUCCUAGAGUCAUUGUUCGAGGUUCCAGUCUGUUCAUAGGAGCAGUUGGAAGAGAAGAUGAAGGAGAGUAUAUCUGUACAGCCUCCAGUACUGGAGGGUCUACCCAGAGCAGGACGCAGAUCUACGUGACCAGCUCCGGCAACCAGGAGAACAAACCUCAGGACUCAUCAAGGAUUAGUGUUAAUCCGCAAGAUUUGGCAAUAUCGGUCGGAGACUCGGCAAUGUUUAUCUGCGAGAUUUCUGGCGGAGAGAAUUAUAGAAUAUCAUGGGAGAGGAUGGAAGGACGUCUUCCAUUCACUGCAACAGAAUCUAGUGGACGAUUAACCAUAUCUGCAGCUAGGGUUGAAGAUUCAGGAAUAUAUAUAUGUCGAGCAACAUCCAGCUCAGGAGCUAAACUUGAAUCUCAAGCUCGGCUCACCAUCACUUCUUACCGAGGUCCGCCGUCAGUCAGGAUUGAACCAGAGGAGCAAACUAUAGGACAAGGGAGUAGUACAGAGUUGAGAUGUAUAGGAUCAGGAGAACCUGCUCCUUCCCUGGAAUGGAGCAAGGUCGGAGAAGAUCUAAGCUCUCCGAACCUUGUAGUAUCAGGAGGGGUUCUAUCCCUGAGAAAUGCUGCAGUAUCGGACCGUGGAAUGUAUAUUUGUACAGCAGAGAAUGCCGGAGGUUCGGCCCGAGCCAGUGGAAUCAUAGAGGUGGAGAGAAGGGAACCACCCGGAGUAGAGAUAUAUCCUGAAAACUCCCAAACUAUAACAAAGUCUGGUAGUGUACUCUUCCAGUGCCGAACUAUCGCUGGUAUUCCAUCUCCGCUUGUAACCUGGACCAGGGUUGAUGGACUUCCUCUGCAACCUAAUGUAGAACUUCUUGGAGGAGGAGUUCUCAGGAUAAACCGAGUAACAGGGAAGGAACAGGGAGGGUACAAAUGCAGAGCUCAAAAUGAAGUAGGUUCAACUGAAGCCAUUGCAACUCUUGUGGUUCAAGAGGUUCCGACCAUAACUCUCCAACCUAAAGGAUCGGUUACGAUGCAGGUUGGGACGAAGCUCAGUAUUAGUUGUUCAGCUAGAGGAGAUCCACCUCCAUCUGUAUCCUGGAAGAAAAUUGGAAUGACUUCCAGGCAGGUUGGGACGAGUUCUCCAGUAUUCGAAAUAUCCAGAUUAACUAAGGAAGAUGAGGGAACGUAUGCUUGUGUAGCUCGAAAUAUAGCCGGAGAAACGGAGGAGAGGGUUCAGAUAAUCGUUCUAGAGGAGGACGAAUUUUACUCUUACCCUGAUCAGUCUGGGGGACAGUAUCCGGGUCAAAAUGGUGGACGUUAUCCGGAUCAGUCCGGCGGCCGUUACCCGGAUCCAAACGGAGGACGGUAUCCAGAUCAAAAUGAGGGACGAUAUCCGGAUCAAAAUGAAGGACGAUAUCCGGAUCAAUCCGGCGGUCGUUACCCAGAUCAAAAUGAAGGAAGAUAUCCGGAUCAAUCCGGAGAACCCGACGGAUUACCACUCCUGGACAACCAACCCGUCAGUAUUGGAGCAAACAUCCGACUAGAAUGCAUGACGGUCGGAGAAGGAGCUAGUUUCUCCGGACAAUGGAAGCGUGCUGAUGGAAGACGGUUCCCAACCCGACACUACCAGUCUCAGGGUAUACUGAACCUAGUGAGGGUAGAUGCGGAGGACGAGGGGGUUUAUGUCUGUGAGGUUGUAGAUAACAGAGGCAGUGUCGUCUACGAAGUACGGAAGGAAAUCAUUCUAAUAUCUCCUCCCCGGAUAACCCUGGAUCCUCAGCGUCAGACCGUUAAUCCCGGAGAUAGUCCUCUCAUAACCUGCUCCGCUACAGGUUCAGAACCUAUAAAUAUCCUCUGGAGUAGGGAGGACGGAUCAAACCUUCCUAGGAGUGUUUCACAGAGCAGAGGUCGGCUACAGUUUCGAGGAAUCUCAGUGAGAGAUCAGGGUAGGUACUCCUGCACAGCGUCCAACCCAGACGGGAACUCUGUGGCAACUGCUGAAGUUAUUGUCAAUGAAAAUUCUCUUGAAGACCCAGGAUACAAGGGAUAUCAGACUCCUAGAACUCCGGAGAAGGGAUACCAGCCUCCAGUUGCUCCCGAACCCUAUAAAGGAUAUCAACCUCCGAGACCAAAUCCUAUGGAUGACGGAUCCCGAGGAGGAGCAAGCGGUGCAGGGUUAAACCAACCCUAUCAAUCUCCAGGUUUAGCUCAAGGAUAUCCAUACCCUCAACCCACUUAUCCAGAUUCUUUAGUCUAUGAUACAGAUGAAGUGGAUUACUAUGAUUACGGAAGACGGCCUGAACCUAUUAAACCUGGUUACUCCGCUCUCCCUGAUUCUCCGGAUUAUGAGCGGAGAUCUGAACCUGAACGAUUAACAGCGUCUAUCGGAGCUAAUAUUGAUCUUCCGUGUCGCCUCCCGGAGAAAAAUCUUGUAACCUGGAGAAGGGACGGAGGAGCAUUACCUCCAACUGCUCAGCAGAUCACCAAUACUCUCAGGAUCAGUAAAAUUCUGGAUCAGGACUCUGGGAGAUAUAUUUGUAGCUCAGAGCAAGGCGGGACCUAUGUUGUUGAACUUAGAGUUGAACCUGGUCUUGAGUGUGACAGGAUGGAGUUUGAAUGCUCCAACAAGGCAGGCUGUGUUCCUAGAUCCCAGCUCUGUGACGGAGAAUUUGAUUGCACGGACGGAUCGGAUGAGCUGAGCUGUGGUCUAUACAGGAUACGGAGGGGAAUACAGAGUAUGAGACGGAACCCUGUUGUGACGGUAGAACCCUCCUCCCCCAGGAUAGUGGAGGGUGGAUCCCUUGAUAUCAGCUGUAAGGUGGCGGGGGUGGAGUCAGGUUCGGUCAGGUUCUCCUGGAGCAAGGUUGGAUCUCCAGAUCUACCAGAGAACACAGCAGCUCGGGGAAAUCUGAUCAGGUUUAUGAAUCUUGUUGGUGGGAAUAAUGGCCUUUAUCGAUGCACAGCAGAAACUGAACUCGGAAUAUUCUAUUCAGAUUAUUCAUUAUUUGUUCAAUCAAGGGGUCAAGGUACUAGAUAUAGACCUUAUCCUUAGCUAGCGUCUUCUCUAUCUAUUAUGUACUAAUCAUAUAGUUUAAACCUAACCUAACCCCAUGAAAAUUAUACUAACCGUUGCACUUCCAAAUCAUUCACAUGUAUCAUGUUAAAGCAUAAUAUUUGUCCUAAAUCUUCUAUUUGUAGAACCGUCUGUAAUUUGUAAAUAUUUCAUGCCUAGAAAAUGCCUAAACAUGUAUAAAAAUGUACAUUAUGUUACUGUAAAAUAUACUGUUAAGUGUUAUUAUAAAAAUUUAAUAAAACUGCCAAAUAAAAAAA